AUCAAAAGCUCCAUACUUAAUUAAGAUCCUGAAUUCCAGAAGAUCUUCUCUUCAUUCUUUGCGUCAGCAAGCCGCGCUCCUUGAGAACAAAACAAAACCAAAAAAUAUAAAAUCAAAAAAAUUCAGACAUUCGCCUUAUGGAAACCGCUACAUAUCCCAUUUCAUACGCACUCCGCCUUUGCGGCGGCGCCACCACAACCGCCAACACCACUAUCACACACUCCACUAGCACUACUGCAAAACUGCCCCAUCACGUCUAUGCCAAGCGUUUAUGUAGUAGUAAUUCUCUACUCGCUUCUCCAACAAUUUGUCAUUUUUACAGUUUCACCAGCAAAUUCAACAAGAGGUUACAGUCUGAUCGCUUCAUUGGUAGUGCCUCCUUACAAGAUACUCCUGAAAGUAACCCAUCUCAGAAAUUCGCCCUUUUGCUUGAAGUUGAAAGGGUUUUAAUGGAUGUUUAUCGCCUAGGUAAUCGGCAAGCUUUUAAUGUAGCAUUUAGAAAGCUGGGAUUAGACUGUGCGAAUUGGACUGAACCAGUUUAUAUGGACCUUGUAAGGAAAUGUGCUGGUGAUGAGGAAAGGAUGUUAAUUUUGUAUUUUAAUAGGAUUGGUUGGCCCACCUCAGUUGCGACAAAUGAGAAGGGGACUUUUAUGAAGAAUGUUCUCCGAGAGAAGAAGAAUGCACUGGAUGAUCUGGUCAUGUCAAAAGCUUUUUCUUUGAGACCCGGUGUUGAAGAGUUCAUUGAUGAUGCUUGUGCGGAAGGCGUGCCAGUGGUUAUCUUGACAGCAUAUGGUAUAAGUGGGGAAAAAGUUGCAAGAUCGAUUGUUGAAAAGCUGGGAACUGAUAGAAUGUCAAAGACUAAGAUUGUCGGGGAUGACGAGGUAAAACAAAGCUUUUAUGGCCAACUUGUGUUUGGAAAAGGAGUUUCUUCCAGUUUGGAUGAGCAAUUAGCUAACGAAGUGAGCAGAGCAGCUUCUGCUGAGAGACAGAGAAUUGCUGAGGAGGUUGCUUCUAUGCUGAAGCUGAAAGUUGAACUUAAUAAUAAUUCAACUGAAAGCUUGCAGAAUAUUGUAGCUGCAUUGAGGGCAGGGGCAGAAUAUGCAGGAGUACCAAUUUACAAGUGCGUUCUGGUUGCUGGAAGCCAAUCCGGAGUGGCUGCUGCUGAGCGAAUUGGCAUGCCUUGUGUAGUUCUCCGGAGCAGCUCGACGUCGAGGGCUGAAUUUCGUUCUGCAGCUGCUGUAAUGGAUGGAUUUGGCGGUGCAGAUUUAAGCAUUUCUAGACUCCGGAGAAAAUUGUUAUCCUAAUUUCCUAUCCCUGUCCAGUGCACAAUCUGUCUGUUUCUUUUUCUUUUUUUAAUUUUCGUAACCAAGGUGACAGUUUUGCGUUCAUCGUUAUUUCGUCUGGGUUUUAUUUGAGGAAGAUGAGCUGUUAAUUAACUUGGGAUUGCAAUUUUAUUCUUUAUUUCAAGAAACAUCCCGCGAUUG